GCUUCACAGAGCUCAGUGUGCAAUUAAACAGACUCAGGUAACUGUUCAGAAGAUAGGAAGGGAGAUUGAAGAAAAGCUGAGAUGUACCUCUACAAGCAACGAACUGAAAAAGGAGAGUGAAUGUUUACAGUUGAAGAUCCUGGUGCUACGUAAUGAACUGGAGAGGCAGAAGAAGGCCCUUGGUCAAGAAGUAGCCUUGUUGCAUAAGGAAAAAAAUACUCUGCUUGACAGAGAAAAUGCAUUUGAGACUGAACACCAGAAACUUCAAGACCAUAAUGAAUCCCUGCAUGAAUUAAGAAAGGAAUGCACUGCUAAGAGAGAACUGUUUUUGAAGAUAAAUGCCCAGCAGACUAUUCGAUGCAAGCAAUUGCUGUCGGAGCUAUCUUAUAUCUACCCUAUAGAUCUGAAUGAUCAGAAGGAUUACUUUGUUUGUGGAGUCAAGCUUCCUAAUUCUGAAGACUUUCAAGCAAAAGAUGAUGGAAGCAUUGCUGUUGCCCUGGGCUACACCGCUCACUUGGUUUCAAUGAUUUCAUUCUUCUUGCAAGUGCCACUCAGGUAUCCUAUAAUUCACAAGGGCUCCCGGUCUACAAUCAAAGAUAAUAUCAAUGACAAACUGACGGAGAAAGAGCGAGAAUUUCCUUUAUAUCCAAAAGGAGGGGAGAAGCUUCAGUUUGAAUAUGGAGUCUAUCUUCUCAACAAAAAUAUAGCACAGCUUAGAUAUCAACAUGGGCUGAGUACUCCGGAUCUAAGGCAAACUCUUCCUAACCUGAAAAACUUCAUGGAGCUUGGGCUAAUGGUUAGAUGUGAUCGACAUCAUACAUCCAGUGCAAUUCCCGUUCCAAAGAGACAGAGCUCUAGCUUCGGCAGAUUGGAUAUUGGCUUUUCCAGUGGGCUUCCUUCUCCAGAUAAAGGACUCCGAGAACGAGCCAACACAGGAAACGAAAGACUACAGUACAAAACCCCUCCUCCCAGUUACAACUCUGCUUUAACACAGCCCGUUGCCAUCACAGCCCGUGUAGGAGAAUUAGAGAAAAAACCUGGAUCAAUAUCUUCCUCCUUGGAUACCUCUCUGGACUCCUCGAAAGGAAAUGCCAAGAAAGGCGAGGACCUGAGCAGCAGUUUAAAUGGAGAAAACGGGAGCCUAAACAAUCCGCGAGAUCAACAGGAGUCUUUUCUAGGACAUACAAGUGCAAUAAAUGGGGCAUUUGUGCCUGGUGAGUGCUCUGGCACCACCAGCAGCGAGCAGCCCUGUGAGUUCCGUCCCUUGCUCGGCCCCGUCCUUUGCUGCACCGUGGAGCAGGCAGAGGAGAUCAUGGGGAUGGAAGCAACAGGCUUCAGCGCGGGAGAUCAGCUAGAAGACUUUAACUCCAUCCCGGUGGAACACGCCGUGGCCGUGGAGUGUGAUGAACAAGUCCUAGGGGAGUUUGAGGAAUUCUCUCGAAGGAUCUAUGCACUGAAUGAAAACAUGUCCAGCUUCCGCAGACCGCGUAAAAGUUCGGACAAGUGAGAUUGGACAGGGAUUUGGUAGCAGACAUUGAGGUGAAAUCAGUGAUCUGGAAUAGAGAUAAAAUUGCACUUAUUCUUUAUAUUAAUUAUAAAAAAAUAAAAAAGCUAAAGCUAUUCCUAUGGUGUUAGACAAAUGGACUUGAGCACGAUAACACAGGCUCAUGGUAUAUUCACAGGCCACGUAAAUUUUGAUUUUUUGCUUCCAGUCCUCUUAUGUCUGGUAUUUAUAAUCUGUUGAAAUAUUAUUUUUUUUUUUAGGCAUUGAGAUCCAUUUAUAAAAAGCUUUCCUG